AUGUUGGAUAAGGUGUGGCCAUUUGCUCAUGAUUAUGUGUUUCCUCUACUAAUGGGAGCAGUAGACAUGAAUAGUGUCCCAAAAGAAAUUGCUGACAUUCAAAAUGAACUAGAAAGCUUUGAAGCCUUCAUCAAUGAUGCAGAUAGAAAGGCUGAAGCUGAAGAUGACAAAACACGUGACCGAAUCAAAACAAGGGUGAAGUUGCUUAGGGAGACAGCUUUUCGCAUGGAAGAUGUCAUUGAUGAAUAUAUUUCCUGUGAGGAACAACAACCUUCUGAUCCUGGUUGUGCAGUUUUACCAUGUGAGCCUGCUGACUUCAUCAAAACUAUGAUCCUUCGCCUUCAAAUAGCAUUUAAGAUUAAGACCAUUAAAUCACAAGUUUGUGAAAUCAAGGAAAGAAGUGAAAGAGAUGGCUUCCCAAUCCAAUCUUCUUUGGAACAAGCACCAGAAAGUUCUAGAGGAAACCAAGACCUUGCAUUGCAUAACCUUCGAAUGCUUCCUUUUUACAUUGAGGAAGAUGAUGUUGUGGGCUUUGAAGCCCCUAAAGCUGCAUUGAUUGGUUGGUUGGUAAAGGGAAGAUCAAAGCGCACUGUCAUCUCUCUCGUAGGAAUGGGAGGACAGGGAAAAACCACUCUUGCCAAAAAAGUUUUUGACAACAAUAAGGUGACUGGGCACUUUAAUUGCCAUUCAUGGGUCACAGUAUCACAAUCUUAUACUGUGGAAAGAUUGUUGAGGGACAUGUUGCAACAACUUUGCAAGGAAAAGGAGGUUCUUCUUGCCAAUAUUUCUAAAGUGAAUCGAGACUCAUUGACAAAGGAAGUAAGAAGCUAUUUGCAACAAAAAAGGUAUAUAGUCUUCUUUGAUGACGUAUGGAAUGAACAUUUCUGGGAUCAAAUUGAAUUUGCUUUAAUUGAUAAUGAAAAUGGAAGCAGAAUAUUUAUCACAACUAGAGAUACGCGUGUCGCUAGUUGCUGUAAAAAAACUUCUUGUGUUGAAGUGCAUGAAAUACAACCAUUAACUCAUGAGAAAUCUUUUGAGUUGUUCUGUAGGAAGGCAUUCGGGUCUGAUUUGAACGGAUGUUGUCCACAAAGCCUUAUGGAUAAAGAUCCAUUAGAAUGGGAAUCUCUUAGUCAAAAUCUGAGCUUAGAGUUGAAGAGGAAUUCCCAUAUAGAUGCUAUAACAAAGAUUUUAGCUCUCAGCUAUCAUGAUUUGCCUUACUAUCUCAAACAAUGCUUCUUGUAUUUUGGAAUAUAUCCAGAAGACUAUGAAGUUAAAGUAAAAAAAUUGUUUCGACAAUGGAUAGCUGAGGGAUUUGUCAAACAGGAAGGGAGAACAAUUUUGGAAGAAAUUGCAAACAAAUAUUUAAUAGAAUUGGUUAGUAGAAGUUUAGUGCAAGUCUUUUCGUUUACCACUGAUGGCAAAAUUACAAGUUGUCGCAUUCAUGACCUUUUGCGGGACAUGAUCCUUAGAAAAUCUAAGGAUUUAAGUUUUUGCCACUUUAUUAGUGAAGAUGGUGGGUCAGACUUAAGUGGGAUAAUUAGGCGCCUAUCAAUAUCAAGCAGUGCCCAUAGUUUAUUAAGAAGUACUGAAAGUGUAAGAAGUAUUGAAAGCUCAGACGUUCGAUCACUGUUUGUUUUCAAAGGUGGAGAUUUACCUGCAGACUUUGUAAGGAUAAUCGUUACAAAACACAAGCCAUUAAAGGUACUUGAUUUUGAAAAUGCAAAAGUCCAUUUUUGUAGUGAACUAGACGAGGAAUUACUUCUUGUUGAACCUGAACAGCUUGAAAUUAGAAAAAAGCAGCUCAAGGGGGAUUUUAUUAAGAGCAUUGGGGAUUUUAUUCACUUGAAGUAUUUAAGCUUAAGGGGUGCAAUUUUACUGCCUAAUCUUCCAAAAUCCAUUGGUAAGCUGAAGAAUAUGGAGACUUUGGAUCUAAGGAAUACCAAUCUCCAUGAAUUGCCAAGGGAGAUUAGCAAGCUUGAAAAGCUACGACAUCUUCGUCUGAGUGGUGCGACGUCUUUAAUUCAAUUGAAGGAUUGUAUUGGACUCAUGACAUCACUACAAACGUUGAAUGAAGUGAAUGAUGAUGGAGGUGGAGCAAAGCUAAUUAGAGAGCUGGGAAAGCUAAUGGAGUUAAGGGAGUUGCACAUCACUGGUGUUAGGAAAGAACACGGAAGCACCCUAUGUUCCUCAGUAAAUGAGAUGCAAUACUUGGAGAAACUACAAAUUCAGGGAAAAGAUAGCAUUGAUUUGCAUUUUAUUUCAUCCCCACCUCGUAAGCUUCGGAAGCUUUUCAUUUAUGGAAUGUUAAGUAAGAUGCCAGAGUGGAUUCCAGAGCUCCAGAAUCUUGUUAAAUUGUCCUUGACGUUGUCCAGGUUAGCUGAUGAUCCAAUGAAAUCACUAAAAAACGUGCCAAAUUUGUUGUUCCUCGGUCUCUACUUCUCUUCAUAUGAAGGUGAAAGUUUGCAUUUUCAAGAAGGAGGGUUUCAGAAACUAAAGGAACUAUACCUUAAGUAUUUACACAAAUUGAAUUCCAUCUUUAUCGACAAAGGAGCAUUGCCUUCUCUGAAGAUGUUCCAGCUAAUUAGUAUCCCUGAACUCAAGACACUACCCUCUGGCAUCCAAUACUUAAAGAAACUUGAAGUCCUUGAUAUCUAUGGCUUGCCAACUGAUGAAUUUAUUCAGAUCAUUGCUGCUGAUGAAGGAGAAGAGCACUCGGUCAUCAAGCAUGUUCCCCUUCUUAUUCGCACUACCAUCAAGAGUCGCAAUAAGAUUGUUCAUCUUGAUGGCCCUGCUCCUGCGAAUAAUGAUCCGAAGUUUGCUGUCUGGGAUAAUGAAGAUUCCUUUAUCAUGACUUGGUUAUGGAACUCGAUGACUCCUGAAGUAGGUCGUCACUGUAUGUUUCUGUCUUCUGCUAAGGAGAUUUGGGACAGUGUUCACUCAACCUACUCUUUGAAACAGGAUAUGGCUGCGCGCUAUGAAUUGCGCAAUAAAAUCUUCUCUACUAAAUAG